UCACUGCCGUCCGUCGGUCGGUCGCCGUGCGCUUUGCGGCAGCGCAUUGACGCCGCUGUCAGUGAGCGGGACUAAGAUGGUGUCGCGGUUCAGCGGGGCGCUGCAGCUGACCGACCUCAACGACUUCAUCACCCCCUCGCAGGAAUGUGUGAAGCCAGUGAAAAUUGAAAAGAAGCAAGGGAAAUCCUCCGGUAUAAUCCGAAUUGAAGAUGAUGGCAGUUAUACUCAGCUGAACCUGGAUGGAGGUGUCCAGAAACUUGAAAAGGCAAAAAUAACCCUGAAUGAUUGUUUAGCAUGCAGCGGUUGCAUAACGUCAGCUGAAAGUGUACUCAUCACUCAACAAAGCCAGGAUGAACUGUACAAAGUUUUGAAUCAAAAUAAAGUAUCCAGCUCCAAGAAUCGAAAGACGACGGUAGUUUCAGUUUCACCGCAGUCCAGGGCAUCAAUAGCAGCGAGAUUUAAUUUGCCCGUUGCAGACACAGCUCGGAGGCUGACGGCCUUCUUCAAAAAUCUAGGUGUUGACUACGUGUUCGACACUACUUUUUCCAGAAACUUCAGCCUGAUAGAGGGUCAACGCGAGUUUGUGCAACGUUUCCACAGGCAUAAGGAUGAUAGCAAAGCACUGCCUAUGCUGGCCUCGGCUUGCCCAGGUUGGAUUUGCUACGCUGAAAAAACCCAUGGUAGUUACAUAAUUCCAUAUAUCAGCACAACAAAAUCCCCCCAGCAGAUGAUGGGCUCAUUAGUGAAGGACUAUUUUGCAAAACAGCGGAGUGUGACACCAGAUCAGAUAUACCACGUAACAGUGAUGCCAUGCUAUGAUAAAAAAUUGGAGGCUUCAAGGGCUGAUUUCUACAGUGAGGAAUACGAAAUAAGAGAUGUAGAUUGUGUCAUUACUUCUGGUGAAGUGUUGAAGAUGUUGGAACAAGAAGGACUUUCUUUGGCCAAUGUGGAUCCCAUGCCAUUGGAUACAAUAUUCGGCAGUGUUGCAGACGGUGAAGUUGUUGGCCAUUCUGGUGGGGGAUCUGGUGGAUACCUGGAACAUAUUUUCAAGCAUGCUUCCAAAGAACUCUUUGGAAUUGAAGUGAAUCAGAUAAUCUAUAAAACUCUCAGGAAUAAGGAUUUCCAGGAGGUGACGCUGGAACAGGAUGGGAAUGUACUGCUCCGCUUUGCAUUAGCCUACGGAUUUAGGAAUAUUCAAAAUCUGGUGCAGAAACUAAAGCGCGGAAAGUUGACGUACCAUUAUGUGGAAGUGAUGGCUUGUCCUUCAGGUUGUCUGAAUGGCGGCGGUCAGAUACGAGCAGAGGUAUCCGGGUCUGGUAAGGAUUUGUUGCAGCAAGUGGAGGAGCUCUACACAGCAGUGACGGUACAGGCACCUGAAGCAAACAAGUCCAUCGAGCUGCUCUACCAACAGUGGCUGGGUGGCACGGGUCACACGCAAACGCUACACACACAGUACCAUGCUGUGGAGAAGGUGGACAGUGCCCUGAACAUUAAAUGGUGAAGCACCAACUUUUAUAUAGAAAGCACCUGAUGGACAUUAACAAGGUUGACAACCGUACCUUUUAUUUGAAACAGGAAUUUGGUGAAUUGUUGUCAGAAUUUAAUUUGUUAUGUUCUUAGGAGACGGGCUAACAUUUAAAAUAGAUAUUCAACUUACAGGCGUCCUUGCCAUUCUGAAAGAAUAGUGUGGAUUAUGCCCUGACAAUGGAUAGGGCGGCAGGGUGGAGCAGCGGUAGAGCUGCUGCCUUACAGCAAAUUAAACGCUGAAGACACGGGUUCGAUCCCGACUACGGGUGCUGUCUGUACGGAGUUUGUAUGUUCUCUUCGUGUCCUGCAUUGGUUUUCUCCGAGAUCUUCGGUUUCCUUCCACACUGCAAAGACGUACAGGUUUGUAGGUUAAUUGGCUUGGUAUAAAUGUAAAAAUUGUCCCGAGUGGGUGUAGGAUAGUGUUAGUGUGCGGGGAUCGCUGGUCGGAGGGCCGAAAGGGCCUGUUUCCGCGCUGUAUCUCUAAACUAAACUAAACAGGAAACCAAAGCAGUUUCAACAGUGCAAAUUAAUAAAAUGUACAAAAACAAUAAUUGCCCCUUCAAGUUCAACUUGAUACAGUCAUUGAGAGAGUCACAGCAUGGAAACAGGACCGCCAGCCCAACUUUCCCACGCCGACCAGGUUGCCUCAUCUACACUGGUCCCACCUGCCUGCAUUUGGCCUGUGAAAGAUCACCUCGCGAGGAGAAGGAAAAGCAAGUGUUGAGAAAAGGUGAAGGUGUUAAAAGCUAACACGGCUGUUUUUCACCAAUACAGAGCAAUAACAGUGGGUUGGGGAACCUGCUGUUCUAUUGCUGCUCUGGCUGCUGUCAUUUUGGUCGAGGGGUUUGAAAUGGCUGGUCCAAGUGCACAGGAGAAAUGUGCAAGACCCAAAUAGCUCAUCACAUCAUUCUGUGCUGUAAAUGGGACCUGCAAUGCAGUUGUGCUGAAGAGACUGCUUGCUUACACAUAUUAAACCCAAUGAUUUUGUUUU